CUUGUAAGUAACAUUUCGGAAUCAGCUGCGAAGCAUCUGUCGACUUGGUCACUGUUCUUUUUCACAAACGAUUUUUUUUAUUCCCAUGCCAAAAUAAUCAAAAAAUAUGUCGGCCGUGGGCUCAGUAAUCAAUACGGACACGAUCGAUCUGUAUUCCGCCGCAGCAUCCGUGCAUGGCGACGGAAACUUGAUGAUCUCACCGUUAAGCAUCUUGUACUGUUCCAUGCUGCUGUACCUUGGAGCGGAAACAGCCACGAAAACCAACCUGGAAUCCAGUUUACAUUUUAACAAGGUUUUUUACAGCGAUCGUUCAGCGGCAUUAAACGCAUUUGUUAACGGAUUACCCUACUUCGCCAAUGCCUCUCUUAACAGCAACGAUAAUUUCCUGACAACAACCAUUGUCAACGAGAUCUUCGUCUCCAAUCAGGCCACACUGAGAACCCAAUACCAACAAUCAGUCCAGGCCUUACAAUCAAUUGCGCAGACAAAAGACUUCAAAGGUCAGCCGGAUCAAUCACGGCAAGAGAUUAACCAAGAAGUAGCGCGCAACACGGCUAACACUAUUCAGAAUCUCCUGCCACCGGGAUCUAUCACGGAGCAAACCGUUAUUGUACUGGUUAAUACGCUGUAUUUUAAGGCCACCUGGAGCUCCAUGUUUGAAGACUGGAUGACGACCAAAGCGCCUUUCACGCAGUUGAACGGUCAGAUUGCGCAGGUGGACACCAUGCACCAAGUGCUGUUUUCAGCCAAUUACACGGAAGACAACGAUUUAGACAUCCAGUUUGUGGAACUGCCGUUCUAUUCGCGAAAUGCAUCGAUGCUGAUCUUGCUACCCCGGCAGACCAAUGGUCUUCGCAAACUAGAAAAAGCACUGAACCAACAAUAUCUACAAUCACUUGGUCAAAGCGCCAUGGAGCGCCGAGUGGAUCUAUUUCUGCCAAAAUUUACAUUCAGCGCGAGCUUUGAUUUAGUGAAAAUCCUGAAAGCGCUGGGUUUCAGCAACGUUUUUAGCGCGAGCACAUCAGACCUUUCGGGAAUGAUCAACGGGAUCAGCGAUGGCACCUUCCCACCGGUUUUUGUUAGCAGUGGCUUUCAUCAGACGUUUAUAAGUGUAGAUGAAAAAGGUACAGAGGCGGCGGCAGCCAGUGCGCUCGUCGGCCUCGCGGGAUCCGCCCAGAAUCCGCCACCUGCUGUCGUGUUCAAAGCUGACCAUCCAUUUUUAUUUAUUAUUCGCAAUAAUCCUUCGAAAGCGACCAUGUUUAUAGGAAGAGUGGAAUCGUUCUAAUUUUCUUGACGCCAAAUUUCCCAUUCCCAUGUAUUCAUCCUCACCGUAAAACUGUUACUAGUAUGAUUAAAUGGCCUUUCCUUCUAGGGUAGUAUUUAGUUUAGUUAAAGCUUAGGAAGAACACCUGUGCAGCAUCAGAUUUUGAUGAUCCUUGUUAAAGUUACCACGAAAAUCUCAGAAUAGACUUCGGUGUCGAUGUUAGCGACAUACUUACAAGUACAUGUAAGUUACAUGUACUUGCCAUUUGCUUAUGUACUUAGUUGUACUUAGUUUAUGUACAUGUGUAGUUCAUUUUCCAUUGCUGCAAAAACGAUUGAUUUUAAAGCUGAAUC